UCCACAUUGCAGCUUAUUCUGUCCAAGAACAGUCCACUUGCUGUAGACAGGAAUAAACAAUUUAAUCGACAUCAGUAAACCACAGGAUUCUUUAUGUGCCAUUUUGAGGUGGAUAAAUCUGAAAUGGAUUACACCAAAAUAAUAGACCAGCAUGGAAAUAAAUAAAUUAAAUUGCGGCCAUCAUUUAUGAACAAUUAUAAAGAAAACACCAAAAAUAGGGGAAAAUGUGUUUAGAAGACUUUGUGAUCAGAAUUUCUGUUCACCCAAAAGUAACAGAUUUAGUCAAAGACAGUACUCUGAGAACAAAGUGGUAUAGACAGUUCUACUUGUGGAUAUCUAGUUAACUUGUCAUUUUUAUUUGUAAGACCUGCUUUUCACAACACAUAUUUUUAAAGCAGCUUUUUUCAUGCAUUAAUGAAACUGUAAUAUGUGUGAAGUCUUAGAGUCAUCAUUGUGUAGUUUGAUUAAAUAUGAUUAUAAAUUAAUUUAGUAUAAAAAUAUAUAAAUAUUAAUUGUAUUUAGAACCCUAGUGAGCAAGCGAAAGGUGACUGUGGCAAGGAACACAAAACUCCAUAAGAUGUUGGUUAAUGGAGAAAAAUAAUCUUGGGAGAAACCAGGCUCACUGUGGGGGCCAGUUACCCUCUGGCUAACAGCAUGAAUAUAAUGCCAAUAUUACUUAUGUGAUGUGUUUGUCAUGGUUUAAAAUUCGUAAACUAAGUGUUAAGGGCCAGUGUUUAAACAGAGUUUUUGUAUGAACUGUAAGAUUAAUGACUAAUGUCUUUGAAGUCCAUCCUGGAUUAACUGCAGAAGUUCACAUAGAUGCAUUGUCCUUUUGUUAGUUGGCUGAUGAAGGCUUUUGUUGGCAAUUAAUUGAUAGUCUAUGUAUUCCAUUUCAGGAGUGUAGUCCAUCAUUAGACCAAGGUGAUGCAGGCAGGGAUGAGUAUGGUGCGUCACAGUUCAUGCGGCGGUCAUUUCAGUGAGGUCUAUCCUAAAUCCAAGGUUCAGACAGUGGCGUAUGAAGUAUCCCAUGUCUUAAGGUUGGAGUUGGAAUCAGUUCAUCCUCUGUAAAGUCCAUCGCAGUAGACUAUAGUGAUAUCUGGCUGCAGCUACUUUAGUCGUCAUCACUCAGCGACACGUAGCAAUGGGAGUCGGACAACAGGCAGGACCGGAGCUGGAUCUAUGUGCAUCCCGAGGUUGGGACAGGGUAACAAAUAGAAUAAUAUUAGCAUAGAUGCCAUUCACUUAAAAACAAGAGUUAUAGAAUAUGAGAAGUGUUUCCGGUUCCGGUAAAGCAGUAUAACAAUGAGUUUGAGGGAUGAAUUAGGUGUAUGCCUGGCUGAAUAGAUGAUUCUUAAAUUGUUAGGAUGUCAGAUGAUGGGCUCAUUCUCUCCUAUCACCUCAUAUAUUUCUUCUUGGCUGGUAUUGGGGGCAGGACUUGGGACCGUAAAAGGAGUUAAUGCAACACACCUGGGAGCAGUUGUGUGUGUGUGUGUGUGUGUGACGGCCUAGAGUGUGUGCUGCGAUGGUUCUCUCUGGAUCCCUCAGUAACAGACUUGAUGUUUGAUUGAAUAAUCUCCCCGUGGAUCUACUUGAGUUUCGGUUGAUGACUGGAUUCCAACAAACUAUUAAAACCUUGAACUAAGAAGAGUCUGUGUGGGCUGGCCGUCCAUUGCAAGCAGGACUACUGAUUGGGUUGGCAGCGUUUCAAGUUCACGGCAUCAUCUGAGAGUGUGUCUGAGUCCCGAACACUGCUAGGAAUAUGUUACGCCCAUAGCAGGUUGCCACCAGUUCUGACCAAAAGCGGAUUGCCAUCGCCCUGUUCAAGCUGUUAUCACGCACCAAGUACAGAGUAGAGGGGAAACUUUUGGGGUUAGUAAAACAACCAUCCAUCGACGUUUAUGUUGUGCACACAGCUAUCUGAGAAAAAUGUAAGUGCCUUUAUAUCAUGCUGCCAGAUGUAGCUGAGGCCAAUAAAAUUACACACUGUAAUUCCUUGGCGCACCUUGUGCCACAGGUUUCCAGUGCACUUGAUGGCAUGCACAUCCCCAUUGUUCUCCAGACACAGCUGUGUUUGCAAGCAUCAGAUCUGUACAGUUCAGCCUAACCUAAAUUCUGUCAUGACUCCAACCAGGUCUCCUAAGCAACCAAAUUGACCUGGUUGCUAGGGAGGUUAGAGUCACAUGGGGUAACCUCCUCAUGGUCGCGAUUAGUGGUUCUCUCUCUCAGUGGGGCGCGUGGAAAGUUGUGCGUGGAUCGCGUAGAGUAGCAUGAGCCUCCACAUGCUGUGAGUCUCUGUGGUGUCAUGCACAGCAAGCCAUGUGAUAAGAUGUGCGGAAUGAUGGUCUCAGAAGUGGAGGCAACUGAGACUUGUCCUCCGCUACCUGGAUUGAGAUGAGUAACCGCGCCACCAGGAGGACCUGGUAAGUAGUGGGAAUUGGGCAUUCCAAAAUUGGGGAGAAAAGGGGAUAAAUAAAAAAAUGUCAACACUUUUAAAAUGUUAUUGAUAAUUUGCAUGUCCAUCAGCUAUAUCAGUAAAUAUUUUGAUGCGCUAAACCUUUGCAACAAAUUCCUUGGAUGAAAACGUAGUUAUUGUUUAUUUUGAUUUCACAGAUUCUUUCACUGACCAUUUCUGGAAAUCGCGUAUUUAUUCGGGUAGAUGGUGACAAAUGAGCAUCUUAAUGUUAUGAGUGAUUCAUUCAAUUAUUUACUCGACUGAUUUGUUAAACCAUGCACCGAAACAAUGGAAGUGCAUGAGAAGGUUAAUUUGUUUAUGAACGAAACACCCCUAGUUCAAAACUGCGUAAGAGCAGAGAGCGAGUUGCGUUUGAUGCUUUGGCUUUUUUUGGAACUAUUUUUUGCUGCCGGAGAAGAAAUUUACGAACUACGCGACAAAUUUUCUAUCUUAAAUUAUUUAACAACAACAGCACUCCUGCUCCUGUGAUAAUGCUUAAUUAGCUGUCUAAAUCAGCGUUUUGAAAUUGAAAAAUGUAGUUGUAUAGAUAUAAGAAUUGUAUAUUAUAUAUUUUAUAAACCCUUGGAAGGUGUAACUUUAUUGAAUAUAGUCAAUGCCAUGAUCUGAGUUUUCAGUAAUAUGUAGCCAAGAUAGUGUGUGGUUGGACCUGCUAAUCUCUACUCCCAGAACUGCCACAUUCCUCUGGGAGGGGUUUUAGUGUGUGUGUGUGUGUGUGUGUGUGAGCGAGUGAGUGAGAGAGAGGGAUGGAGAAUGAAUGUGUGUGGUGUAAUAUGGACUUGUGAAUGCCUCCGUUUAAAAGGUCUCUUGUUGUGUUGGUUCUCACAAGCGUUGUUCCUGUGCUCGAGGAUUUUAUGAAGCAAAAAAGAUAGGAUACUAGAAUUAGUGGUCUACAACGGCAAAAUGAGUUUAACCAAAAUCGCAAACAUUGGAUUGGAGCUGCAAGACGGUGUCCAGAAUACUGCCUUUCAAGAGGAUGUUGGUGAUACAUCUGUUGCAUCAAGUUCUCAAGAGCACGACACCGCAAGCAUCUCGGUCAGUGGCCCAGAAGAGAGCGCGUACACUCAAAUCAAACCAUAUGCUGGAAUGCCCAAAGAGGUGCUUAUGUUACACUCAAGCCAAGCUUGCUACCGGGUACCUCGUGAGAUUUUGUUCUGGCUGAUCAUUGCAUGCACCCUGGCCCUUAUCGCCAUGACCAUUGCGAUCGUGGCGCUGUCACCUCGAUGCCUUGGCUGGUGGCAGGUAUCUCCAGUCUAUCAGGUUUACCUGCGAUCCUUCAAAGAUUCAAAUGCUGAUGGCAUUGGAGACCUCAAAGGAAUAAAGGAGAAACUGAGUCAUUUUGAGUACCUGAACAUUAAAGCAAUCUGGAUCAGUCCUUUCUACAAGUCUCCUAUGAGGGACUUUGGAUAUGAUGUGGAAGACUUCAGGCAAGUUGACCCUCUUUUUGGAACCAUGGAAGACUUUGAUGACCUCUUGGCAAGCAUGCAUGACAAAGGUCUAAAGCUGAUCAUGGACUACAUCCCUAACCAUACCAGUGACAAGCACAUCUGGUUUCAACUUAGUCGGAAUGGCACUGAGCUCUAUAAAGACUACUAUAUCUGGGUUAACUGCACAAAGGACAAACCUCCUAACAACUGGGGCAUAAUCCAUUUCUGGCUGCAGAAGGGGGUGGAUGGGUUCCGCAUGAAUGCUGUGAAACACAUGCUUGAAGCCACGCAUUUGAGAAACGAACCCCAGGUUGAUCCAGACCAAGAUCCAUCAACUGUAGACACUGAGUUUGAGCUGUACCACGACUACACCUAUUCACAACCAGGGCUUCAUGAGAUCCUUACCAACUGGAGGGUAGAGAUGGAUACCUUCAGUAGAGAGCCUGGGCGUCACAGGCUCAUGGUGAUAGAGAGUUAUGACUAUGAAGAAGUCGAAAAAACCAUGAGGUACUAUGGCACACGGUAUGCAACGGAAAGCGAUUUCCCCUUUAACUUCUAUCUGCUGUAUCUUCCUGAUGACUUGUCAGGAAAUAAAGCCAAAGAACUGGUUGAUUUUUGGAUGUCAAACAUGCCAGAGGGAAAAUGGCCAAACUGGGUGGUGGGAAACCACGACAAGCCACGCAUAGGCUCAAGUGCAGGUAAGGAAUAUAUACGUGCUAUAAACAUGCUGUUGUUAACACUACCUGGAACUCCCACAACAUACUACGGAGAGGAGAUUGGCAUGACGAAUGUAAAUGUAUCUGUCAUUAAGGAUCCUUUUGGAAAGUUCAAUCCAAACAACAGUCGGGACCCACAGCGAACGCCAAUGCAAUGGAGCGAUAAACUCUAUGCUGGCUUUAGUGACAGUGAAACCGGCACAUGGCUAGACAUCGCUCCAGACUACACAACUGUCAACGUGGAGGUUCAACAGGCUGAUCCCAAUUCAACAAUUUCACAGUAUCGUACUCUAAGUUUGCUCAGAGGGGCUGAGCUCGCCCUAAGCCGAGGCUGGUUCUGCUACGUCUGGAGCGAUGCUAAUGUAUUCGCUUAUUUGCGUGAGAUGGAUGGGUACAAGAAAGCCUUCUUGGUUGUUCUAAACUUUGGCAAGGAUACUGAGACAGACCUCUCUUCGAUUAGUGAGCUGCCAGAUGUCUUUACUGUACAUUUAAGUACAGUACCAUUAAGCCAAAAAACUUUCUCCAAAUCCAGCAUUACAACAUUUAAAGGGCAAGGAUUGCUCCUGGAAUAUUCCAGCAAUAGGCGAUUCCACCCUAACCAUGCAUCUGAGUGUUUUGUUUCUGAGAAAGCCUGCUACAUGGAUGUACUAGAUAUUCUGUACAGGUGCUGA